GGCUCGUCUCAUGGGAGGGCAGUGCGUAGAAACGGACAACAAACAUGGCGGAAGAACAUGGUGAAACACUCACAGAACCAAACUUGGAAGGACAGAUACAGAUGUCAGAAAAUCCUCAUGCAGACUAUGGUCUCACAGAGAAUGUGCAGAGGAUAGUUGAGAAUGAAAAACUGAAUGCGGAGAAAACAUCUAAGCAGAAAGUUGAUCUGCAGUCCCUUCCAACUCGGGCAUAUCUGGAUCAGACAGUGGUGCCUAUUCUGUUACAAGGCCUAUCAGUUCUGGCAAAAGAAAGACCUCCUAAUCCAAUUGAAUUUUUGGCUGCCUAUCUUUUGAAGAACAAGACACAGUUUGAAGAAAGAAAUUAGCUUGCACCGAACUAGAUUUGAACUUCACCAGUCCUGUUUUAUCAAGAGGAUAGAAGUAAUUCUAGCUUCAAAUAUCAGUUUGUAUAAACAAAUUUUAAACAGAAAAUGGGCCUUUGUGGAAGACCAGAGUAUGUGUGGAAUGGCCCAUUAUAUAUUGUAACUGUGCAGGGUUCCCCAUUGACUGUAAUUUAUGUAAACAUUGUGCUUCUAAAUAAACCAAGUGAUUUUACAUAUGCACUUCAUUUACCUAUUCCUGAAGAAAAACAGUUAUCCCUUUUAAAAAAUAAUAACAAUCGCAAAAGAGCUUGGAAAUGUGUGACUGGAAUGUUUGAGUUAAGGAUUAUAAUUCAGCUAAUUUGAGAGUGGGAUGGUCCUGGGCCAAAUGUUCUGUCCUCACCAUACAAGCUAGAUAGUGUAUUUUGUUUGUAUCUUUUCUUUUGAUAAGAUUGGUUUACAUUUUUGUUAUGACCAGAUUGCACUAAAACAACUUGUCAGGUAGAUGACCUUGGGGCAAGUUGUUUGUCUGUAACUUGACUUAAUGU